AUGAGCGAAUCACCCAGGUCGGAGAAGUGCCAAACUAGGUACAGCACUCCUGUUCCCGAACUUGACGAUCAUCGCUUUCAGCCUGAAUCGCUACCAAGAGCGGAUACGAUGGAGAAUACCGCACCGAGGCCAAAUAUCCCCCAAGUUCUUACAUCACAUGCAGACGAGCAACCUAGUAUCAGCCACGUACGGGAUGCCUUACUAGAUGGAUCUUUGAAAGUUCGGGAUUUUGAACAAGCUAUCGUUGAUGAUGACCAUUCAAUUCAAGAAUUUGACCGUCUGGGAGGCAGACGUCCGUCUUUGAGCCCUGCAGCGGUGCGAUCCCAUAGGCGCAAUAGGACGAAUCAAGAUGCAGUAUCCAUCGCAUCCUCGAGAUCCUCAUCUCCCCCUAACUCAGUGGAUGCUUUUGCUGAACCUCGUCGUCGCGAGCGUGCAAAUACUCUUGACACACAGUGCCCGGCAGACCUUGAUGCGCUCUUGAACCGUACUGUAUCUGCCAGUACGCAUCACCGACGACCAACAUUCAGUAAUGAAAGCGCUGUUCGAGCGGAUAGUGUAGACCCACGGGUCAACAUGGGCGAGGGUGGAGAUGUCUGUUUUCCUGCACACGAAGAGCUCAGAAAGCCGUCGCUCAUCGAUUUUGAAGAGCUUGAAGAGUUCGCUGCUUUGAAGAAAAAGGCGAACCCACAAACCAACGGCCCAACCCGGCGCAAGCACAGUAUGAGCUCGCAGAGUAAAUACCCACGUAUAUUCCAUGAUUUGCGCCCCAACCCUCAAAAAACUGAAAAGUCACAUACAGGCGUGGAACCGUCUAGCCCCUUGGAAUCUUCAUCAGAGUUUGUGGACAAGACUGACACUGUUGCUGCACAAUUUGGGGGGGCGCCUGUAGAUGCCGUUGAUGAGAAGAGGUUUCUUGAAGUACUUCAGAACGGCAAUGAUCCAACCCGUUUCAGUUUCUUCUCUUCUGAAUUUGAAACUACAAUCCAUGCUGCUGAGAUUGGUGAUUUAAUACUUCCAGGCGACAAUUUCCGUGACCUUUUCGAGCUUGGCCCAGAAGGGGGAGUUUGGUGGCUAGACGUCAAUAACCCAAGCAAAGAUGAGCUUGGUGCAAUUUGCCGUGCAUUCUCGAUCCAUCCCCUUACUGCUGAAGAUAUUAUUACCCAAGAAGCCCGUGAAAAAGUUGAACUAUUUAAACAAUAUUACUUUGUUUGCUUUCGGACUUUCUAUCAAGUUGACAAGUCCAGUGAGGAAUACCUCGAGCCUGUUAACGUGUAUAUGGUCGUGUUUCGCGAAGGAGUUCUCUCCUUCUCGUUCAUUGCCAAUCCUCACGCUUCAAAUGUUCGAAAAAGAAUUGGGAAGUUGAGGGAAUAUGUUUCUUUAAGCAGUGACUGGAUAUGCUAUGCUAUGAUCGACGAUAUUGUUGACAGCUUUGGACCCGUCAUUCGUGACGUGGAGAGGGAAUCUGAGGCGAUUGAAGAUCAUGUCUAUGUUGCCCGGGUGGAAGACUUCAACGUUUUUCUACCCCAAAUUGGUGGUCUCCGGAAGAAAGUUAUGAGUCUUAUGCGUUUGCUUGGUGGUAAAGCGGAUGUGAUUCGAGGCUUCUCUAAGCGCUGCAAUGAGCAGUACUCAGUAACUCCACGGGGAGACAUUGGCCUUUAUCUCGGUGAUAUUCAAGACCAUGUCGUUACUAUGAUGUCGAACCUUGGUCACUUUGAAAAGAUGCUUGGUCGUUCUCACACCAACUACCUUGCCCAGCUCAACGUCACCAAUAUCAUGUUGGGCAAUGAUGUGAAUAGGAUUCUUAGCAAGAUCACUUUCCUGGGUAGUAUCUUGGUCCCGAUGAACUUGAUAUGUGGCCUGUUUGGUAUGAACGUACCAGUACCCGGCGGUGAGCGUGGAGAUUUAACCUGGUUCUUCGGUAUCCUCGGCGUCAUUUUUGGAAUCAUGAUUCUCUGUGUGAUAAUUGCUCGCAGGUAUAAGCUACUCUAA